AUGGCGACGCCAGCACAGUUCGGCAAGAAAGAUGAAAUCUACGGAUUCCAGACCCUGUUCCGAGAGCUGGGCUACUACAUAUCCAGGCUAGAGCAGUAUGAGAGGUCUUUGAAGUUCUUCGACGAGGCCAUCAAGAAUACCCCUCUAGACAAAAGGGCUCUCAUAGGGAGGUCUAGGGCGCGGGCGAAAGCGUGUCUGUACGAAGGGUCUAUCGACGAUAUCAACAAGGCGUUGAAAAUAAACCCCGACGACUUGGUCGUGCUUGCAGAGAAGGCUUUGAACACUUAUCUCAGUUGCGAGUUCGAGGAAGGUCUGCUGCAGAAUACUAGACUCCUUCCCAUAAGGCAAAAACCGGAAAACUUCGCCAUGGGGGUCAUGCACUGUUCGAACGCCAUCGAAAAUUGUGUCGGCGAGCGAGCAGGAAGACCUCUGCGUGAUCACUUCCGCUUCAUCAGGCGGUUGGCUUGGAAGAGAAACUACGAGGCCCAAAAACCUUUCGAGCCCAAACCCAGAAGGAAGAAGAAGAAGAAGACGAAGCUCGCUUUCAUCAGGGAACCAAAAGAACCGAUCAUUCAAGGAAAGUUGAAGAAAGGCAUUUCGAAAUUGGAAAUAGCUAAGGAGGGCGAAGAUAAACCUCUAAGCAUUAAAGAUAGUCUGCACAGCCAAAAGUCCGAAGAAAAUCGGAUCCCCCCUUUCGGUCAGGGGUUUAAAUUCAAACCCCUACAGAACUACACGACGAAUAUUGAGAAUUACAUGGCGGAAAAGUAUUUGGAUUCCAUGUACCUGGACAAGAUCUUCCUGAAGAAGCUCAGGACACAGCCGGGCGCCAUUUGCCCCAACCAGAAGGGGUCCGCGAUAAUAAACCAGCUGGCGAAAACUGGAUACAAGAUCGUCAGUUAUAAACAGGAUCUUUUAAGAACCAGAAGACCUUUUUACUUUAUUAAAUAUCAAGAGGCCACAGUAUCCGGCGCCCUAAAGGCUAGACAAGAGGAAGAACUAAACACCCAACAGCAAAAUGCCAAGAAGGAAGCGGACGUCCUUCUGGCCAAGAUGCAGGAAGCUCUGAAAACCAAGAAUCUUCGUCUUAUGCUGGACGUUGUCGAAAAACUGAAAAUGUACUGCGAUUCUAAAUCUAAGCGGUUAUUAAUGGACAAGGAUUUCUAUUUGCAAGAAAUAUACAGAUGCGUGUGUCGUGGCUUCUAUGACCUCAACAGGCUCAACAAGGAACAGUUCCUCUGGGACCAGGAGAAGAGGAUAUUUGUGGCGUUCGGCUUGCCAGUGAGUCGAUCACCGUCCUCAGAUUCCGUCGUCGAACAGUUCCGAAACGUUUUCAUCGACUACAAGAAGUUGAUCCAUACCUUCGAGAAGCGUCUUCAGAACGCCAUCUGCAACAACGAGACGUGUUGGUGCUACCACGAAUUGUCGCGCUUCCACAUCGAGUUGAAGCGGUGGGACAUGGCCACUGUGUACGCCAGGAAGUGCAUCCAGGACGGCUAUAAGGCGGAGAACAUGGAGUGGGUGAUCAACGGGACGAUGCUGCUGGCUAAGAUAAACGUCUCGCAACACAACAAGAACGACGCCAAGAGCGAAAUUCUUUCCGCUUUGGAAAUAUGUCAAAGUUUAGACGACGCCAACCUGCAAGAAUACUUGGACAAGUGCCUGGACGUGAUAGACCGGUUGGAGUUCGACGAGACGCAAGCCAUGAAGGUGCUAGAGAAGCGAGAGAAGAACAUAGUGGCAAUGAUGACCAGCGCAAAGAUGAAGGACGAAGUUUCACACCUGUUCCGCAUGAUGGCGGUGAUGCCUUCUUCGAGGAGGAUGCUGGUGAUGCCCGGGGUCAGGAUUGAGGAUAUGGAGAAGAAAUCUAAAAUAAACAGGAGGCAGUCUAUAAUGCCGGGAUCUAAGGCUGAGUCUAAAGUGGAUUCUACUACUCAUUUCUCCUUCGCACAGAGGAACAUGGUACCUAGGGAAACCCAGUUGAAGAAGGACAAGGAGUCUAGAGGGGUCGGCUUCAUGGAACUCAUUCAGUACCAUGUGUAG